UUGGAAAUAAAAGACUAUUUAAUUUUGAGGUGAGAUUGCUUCCUUCCUUCCUUCCUGAGUAGUUCUACCUGCUUCCUUCCUAGAAAGUUAGACUUUUGAAUGUGAACGGAAGUUUUCCACGAACCGACAUCCAAGUAUAAAUUUAAAGAGAUUGGAGGACAUUUAAAUUUGGUGUUUCAAAUACUAGAUUCUUUCCAAUUUGACUCGUUCAAUAUUGCCUCCGAUCCGAUCCUCAUUUCUUUAACCAAGGAACCAGAUCAAAGUGCUGAUCAGAUGAACAUCAGAGUACCUUUACUUGAUUCAUUAUUGGCCAUGGUAAAGAAUUUCCCUGAUGCAUCAUGUAAUGGAAGGCUCAGAAGCAGAGCUGAGUAUCUUGAUAAGCAUCCUGAAACAAACAAUGAUCAUUCACAACCUCAUAAACGCAGAAAACUGCAGAAAUCCCUGUGCAUCAAUUCUGAGCUUGUUAUGAAGAUAAUUGAAUGGUUAAGAAACGAUGAGAUAACUUCCAUUGGUGUUUAUGGAAUGGGUGGGGUCGGAAAAACCACCCUUGCAACACAUCUCCACACCAAUAUUACUGAUAAUAUUACUGAUCAUAUUGCUUGGAUCUCUGUUGGGAUGGAUUUUACUGUAUACCAAUUACAGCAGAAAAUUAUCGACGCUUUCAACCUUGAUUUUCGGAAUGAUAAGGAUGUGAUCAGAAGAGCGGGAAUCAUACAUGCAUUUUUGUCCUGCAAAAGAAAAUGCAUACUCUUCCUUGAUGAUAUAUGGGGUGAAUUUCGCCGUGAGGAAGUUGGCAUUCCCAAGAAAUGCAAACUGGUUAUUGUUACUCGUUUACUGGAUGUUUGUCGUAUGCUUCAUUGCCAGAAACUCAUUAAAGUUGAGCCACUCUCAGAGGAAAAGAGUUGGCAGCUGUUUCACCAUACAAUAGGAGGAUAUGGUGUUUUAGAUUCCAAACAAGACUUCUCUUCUGUAAACUCUCUUAGGAAGCUUGUGUAUUAUGAGUCUGCAGGUCUCCCUCUUGCUAUAGUUGCAUUGGCCAACAACAUGAGGAAGGAAGUCCUUGAAAAUGUUGAUCUCAUUUCUAUGAGGUCGUCCCAGUUGGAAUGUAUGCUCAGUCAAUUGAAGUUGUCUUAUGAUAGAUUGAACAACAUCAAGUUACAGACUUGUUUCUUGUAUUCUGCAUUAUACCCUAAAGGUUAUUCCAUCAGUAAAGAAGAGUUAAUACGUCUUUGGAUUGGAAAGGGGAUCAUAGAUGAUGUGCCAUCGUUACAAGUACAGUACGAUAUGGGCCAUUCGAUCUUGAACAAGCUUCUCAACUCUUGUUUGCUGGAAACUUGUCAAGAAGAUAAAGGGAGUGUUAAGAUGCAUGAUCUUGUUAGGCGUAUGGCUCUUUCCAUUUCCAGAGAUGAGUUCAUGGUGAAAGAUGGUGUACCUUCAAAGUUGGAGUUCAGUGAGAAUCUCAAUCUCUCUGUUGCUUCCUUGAUUAAGUCGUCAAUUUCACUGAUCCCAUGUGGUAUUUCUCCCAAGUGUACCAAUCUCUCAAUCUUACUUUUGAAACACAACCCUCUCGAGGUAAUCCCAGAAUCAUUUUUCUUGCACAUGCGUUGCCUUCGUGUUCUGAAUCUAUCUGAUACUCGUAUUACUAGACUUCCCAGUACUAUUGAGGCUUUAGAAGAGCUUCAAGUCCUAGAUCUUAGCAGUUGUCAGAAACUGAAACAAGUGCCCCCACUGUCAAAACUUGUUAAACUAAAGUUCUUGGACCUCUCUGAAACUGCAGUUGAGCAGGUUCCUCGCUGUCUUGAAAUGUUAGAAAGGCUCACAGAGCUCAACCUAUCAUCUAUACCUGAACCAAAACAGUUUCCUAAGGGGUUCUUGUCUACCCUAUACAGCUUAAAGAGUCUGUCUUAUCAUGUUGAAGGCAUAAUUCAUGAGCUUCAACAUCUGAAAUCAUUGGACAUUCUUGAUGCUACAUUUGACAAUCUUUCUGACCUGAGUAUUUACGUAAGGUCACAGCAUUGGCGCACAUUAGAGUGCUUCCAUUUACAGGUUGGUAAACAAAUAACACCGAGGAAAUCAUACAGCAGAGGAGUAUCCCUUCAUGGCUGUAUCUUGAAUGAAAAAACUCUGCUAAUACCAGAUGACAUUCGAGAGCUUUAUGUUGAUGAUUGCAGGGGUUUCUGCAGCCUAUCUGAUAUCCUGUGUCACAACAAUGUUUCAACCCUAGAAAUAUGCAGCAUUAGUAGAUGCCAAGAUGUUGAGAAACUUCUUACACGAGGUUGUAUACAGAAUCUACAGUACCUUGAAUCAUUAAAGGUUGAAGAAUGUCCACAGUUAAAAGACUUAAUAGUAGAGGAGGAGGUUGGCAAACCUGCUGUCAUUGAUCUCCCACAACUGAAGGAGCUAGUUCUCACCUCGUUACCUCAACUGAAUAACAUCUAUGAGGGUCGACUAGUUUGUACUUCUCUUCGGUUAUUUACAGUAAUGGACUGUCUAAACCUGAAGCGCCUUCCAUUCUCCUAUACCAAAGAUGGCUUGUGUUCCCCCAAUUUCUGGAUCUGGAAUAUUGUUGGAGCGUGAAUUUGCCUUCGCUAUUGCAGCAACCCAUGUGUUAGGGUUUCACCAUUAAAGUAUUAAAUCGAAUUUCUCUCUCGUCUCUCAUUGUUGAGUGUAGAUUCGAAGAGUUUUCUCUCUCCUCUUGAUUGUAGAUUCGAAGGCUUUCUACCGGCCCUCUUCUCUGUGCUCUUGGAUGGUGUCUCCUCUCGCGUUUCUCUCUCAUCUCGCGUUUCUUUCUCUUGAUCCGUUGUUUUUUUUUUUUUGGAAAUAAAGAGUGACUUGAUCCGUUGUUUACGUUUGAGAAAAUGAGUUUCUUCAAAAAAAAAAAACAAAAAAAAAAAUGUCGCACGUGUGUGUUACGCGCGGUUGGAUGUACAUUAAAAAUACUGUAGAUCGGGGGAAUGCAAAAUACUUGUCUUUUAUUCCGUAACUGAAUUUCGUUUAUCUCCUAACAGAUUUAACAUAUAAAUCAGGUUUAGGUAAUAGUGUUUAUCUCAUACUCCUUCCGUUCCAAAAUGUUUGUUACGUAUUCCUUUUAGGUUGUUUCAAAAUGUUUGUUACAUGGGGGAAUCUUUCCUUUUAUAAACUUAUUAUAAUAUUAUUUUUUGUGCCA